CCAGGAGGAGCGCACGGGAGCAGGCGCCGCGGACCGACACCUUUCAGAAUUCGAGUUGGACAGGGCGGCAUCAUGAAGACCCUGCUGCUGUGUGUGGCCUUGUUGCUGGCCACGGAAGAUGGAAGAGUUCUGUGUGACCCACUGGUCUCCGACAGUGAACUCCAGGAAAUGUCCAACCAGGGCAGUAAGUACAUCAAUAAGGAAAUCCAGAAUGCUGUCAAGGGGGUCAAGGAGAUAAAGAACCUUAUAGAAAAAACAAAUGAGGAACGCAAGACCCUGCUGACCACCUUAGAGAAGGCGAAGAAGAAGAAAGAGGAUGCCCUGGAGGAGACCAAGGAUUCUGAGCUCAAGCUGAAGGCGUUGCCGCAAGUAUGCAAUGAGACUAUGAUGGCCCUCUGGGAAGAGUGCAAGCCUUGCCUGAAGCAGACCUGCAUGAAGUUCUACGCACGUGUCUGCAGAAGUGGCUCAGGCCUGGUUGGCCGCCAGCUCGAGGAGUUCCUGAACCAGAGCUCUCCCGCCUACUUCUGGAUGAAUGGUGAUCGCAUUGACUCCCUCCUGGAAAGCGACCGGCAGCAGACCCACGUCCUGGAUGCCAUGCAGGACAGCUUCAACCGGGUGUCCGGCAUCAUGGACACACUCUUUCAGGACAGGUUCUUUACCCAGGAGCCCCAGGACACUCACUACUUCUCCCGCUUCGGCCUCCUUCUCAGGUGGCCACACUUCCUCUACCCCAAGUCCCGCCUGGUCAGGAGCAUCCUGCCCCUCUCCCCAUUUGGGUCCCUGGGCUUCCAUGACGACAUGUUCCAGCCUUUCUUCGAAAUGAUACACCAGGCCCAGGAGGCCAUGGAGCCCCACUUCCACAGGCCGGCCUUCCAGCCCCUUGGCAAGGACUUCACGAAAGAGGUUCCCGAUAACCGCACCGUGUGCAAGGAAAUCCGCCGCAACUCCACUGGCUGCCUGCGGAUGAAGGACCAGUGCGAGAAGUGCAGGGAGAUCUUGUCUGUGGACUGCUCCGCCAACAACCCAGCACAGGCGAAGCUGCGACAGGAGCUGAACGACUCCCUCCAGGUGGCUGAGCUGUUGACCCAGAAGUACAACGAGCUGCUCCAGUCCUACCAGCGCAAGAUGUUCAGCACCUCAUCCCUGCUGAACCAGCUGAACGACCAGUUUAGCUGGGUGUCCCGGCUGGCUAACCUCACCCAGGGCGACGACCAGGCCUAUCUCCAUGUCUCCACGGUGUCGACCCACAAUUCUGACUCGGACACCCCAUCUGGAGCCACUGAGGUGGUUGUGAAGCUCUUUGACUCCGAUCCCAUCACGGUGAUCAUGCCGGAAGAGGUCUCCAGGGACAACCCGAAAUUUAUGGACACCGUGGCCGAGAAAGCACUGCAGGAAUACCGCAAGAAGAAUCGAGAGGAGUGAGAUGUGAGCAUCGCUUUGCACAUAUGGGGGUGUCCGAGCAGCUCCCCCCAGAUGAGCCACAGCCCCUCAGAGAGAGCUCUGCAUGUCCCCCCUCCCCGCCUCUCUCCUCUGGAUUCUCACACUAAUGCCCGUGUUUGCUGCCUGUGGGAAGAUUUGCUUCCCCAUGCAACUAAUCCAAUAAAAAACUGCCUUGAGCUGAGUGUCCAAUUCCUCCA